AUGGAGCUUGAGCUUAGUCUAGGCGAUCUUCCAGCUCCAGUGAAGGCCAGCACCAUGCCUGCGCCGGCGACAUGCCAAGGAGAAGACCACGACGACCUUGCGCUAGGGCUACGAGUAACGGCUACCCAAAGAGCUGACCAAGAUAACCAGAGGAUAAGCAUAGAAACUGCGGAGGGAGAAGAAGAUAGCGACGAAGCAUGCCGCGAACUGCCUGUCAGAGCAAGCCCUUUUCGCCAAGCCUCUUCACAAACAGCGAGUGCGAAUUCACGCGGGUUUGAUGUGAACGCUGCUGUUCCGGUGGAUGGCAGAGCAUCGAUAGUGAGGUCUUUGUCACCGCCGUCCAUGCAUAUGGAGGUUCCUGUGACACAGGGAGUUGAUGAGGAAGCUUCAGAGGAUGAAGACAAUGGAGGUGGAAGGGUGAGGAAGAAACUGAGGCUGUCCAAGGAACAAUCUGCGUUUCUAGAGGGUAGCUUCAAAGAGCACAGCACGCUAACCCUAGAACAAAAGAGCUGUUUAGCCAACCGGCUGAGCCUUCGACCACGCCAAGUUGAGGUCUGGUUCCAAAACAGAAGAGCCAGGACAAAGCUGAAGCAGACGGAGGCGGACUGCGAGCGCCUGAAGCGCUGCUGCGAGGCGCUGGCACGGGAGAACCGUAAGCUCCAACGGGAGGUGGCGGAGCUGCGCGCCUCCCGUGCCCCGUAUCCGCUCUACAAUCUGAAUCACCACCUGUCUGGGUUCAGCACGGUGCUCCCAGCGGGCUCAUCAUGUGACGCCACCACCCGUUCCACAGUCUCCGCCGUGUCAUCCCCGGGACCGUCGCCGGUGUCCACCUUGUUUCCCGGCAGGCCUCACUUUGGCCCCUUCACCGUCAGCCACCCGGUGCUCCCCCUCUGCCGCCAGCCCUCGGCGACAUUGUGA